UGUCUGUUUCCUGUGGGACGCGGUGGUGGCGGUUGGGUCUGAAGAGCGAGGGAUUUUUCUCUUCGUUUUUCCUGCUAGUUUUCUCUUCCCUUUUCCUUUGUCGGUAGAGCGCGGUUAUGGGUCGCAAGAAGAAGAAGCAGCUCAAGCCGUGGUGCUGGUAUUGUAAUAGAGAUUUUGAUGAUGAGAAGAUCCUUAUACAGCACCAAAAAGCAAAGCAUUUUAAAUGCCAUAUAUGUCAUAAGAAAUUGUACACAGGACCUGGUUUAGCUAUUCAUUGCAUGCAGGUGCAUAAAGAGACAAUAGAUGCUGUACCAAAUGCAAUACCUGGGAGAACAGACAUAGAGUUAGAAAUAUAUGGUAUGGAAGGUAUUCCAGAAAAAGACAUGGAUGAAAGAAGACGACUUCUUGAACAGAAAACGCAAGCAGAGAGUCAAAAAAAGAAACAACAAGAUGAUUCUGAUGAGUAUGAUGAUGAUGACUCUGCAGCUUCAACUUCAUUUCAACCACAGCCUGUUCAACCUCAACAAGGUUAUAUCCCCCCAAUGGCACAGCCAGGCCUACCACCAGUUCCGGGAGCACCGGGAAUGCCUCCAGGCAUACCUCCAUUAAUGCCAGGUGUUCCUCCUCUGAUGCCAGGAAUGCCACCAGUUAUGCCAGGCAUGCCACCUGGAUUGCAUCAUCAGAGAAAAUACACCCAGUCAUUUUGCGGUGAAAACAUAAUGAUGCCAAUGGGUGGAAUGAUGCCACCUGGACCAGGAAUACCACCUCUGAUGCCUGGUAUGCCACCAGGUAUGCCCCCUCCUGUUCCACGUCCUGGAAUUCCUCCAAUGACUCAAGCACAGGCUGUUUCAGCACCAGGUAUUCUUAAUAGACCACCUGCACCAACAGCAACAGUUCCUGCUCCGCAGCCUCCAGUUACUAAGCCUCUUUUCCCCAGUGCUGGACAGAUGGGGACACCUGUAACAAGCUCAAGUACAGCUUCAUCCAAUUCAGAAAGUCUGUCUGCAUCUUCUAAAGCUCUGUUUCCUAGCACAGCACAAGCUCAGGCAGCUGUGCAAGGACCUGUUGGUACAGAUUUCAAGCCCUUAAAUAGUACCCCUGCAACAACUACAGAACCCCCAAAGCCUACGUUCCCUGCUUAUACACAGUCUACAGCUUCAACCACUAGUACAACAAAUAGCACUGCAGCUAAGCCAGCAGCUUCAAUAACAAGUAAGCCUGCUACACUUACAACAACCAGUGCAACCAGUAAGUUGAUCCAUCCAGAUGAGGAUAUAUCACUGGAGGAGAGAAGGGCACAGUUACCUAAAUAUCAACGUAAUCUUCCUCGACCAGGACAGGCUCCCAUCGGUAAUCCACCAGUUGGACCAAUUGGAGGUAUGAUGCCACCACAGCCAGGCAUCCCACAGCAACAAGGAAUGAGACCCCCGAUGCCGCCUCAUGGUCAGUAUGGUGGUCAUCAUCAAGGCAUGCCAGGUUACCUUCCUAGUGCUAUGCCGCCGUAUGGGCAGGGACCGCCAAUGGUGCCGCCUUACCAAGGUGGGCCUCCUCGACCUCCGAUGGGAAUGAGACCUCCUGUAAUGUCGCAAGGUGGCCGUUACUGAUCUUACUUCAUCCAAUCUAAUAGGUUUGGAGAUUAAACCUUUUCUCAACUUGUGCUGUUUAUAUAGCCAAGCUUCCGUCAAUAAGGCUUCAUUGUGACUUUAACAAACAUUAUCUUCCCACAUACCAGGAACUAUUGGACAUUUAUUUUACAUGGGAAAAAUUAUUUGGAAUAAUAAAGCAGGAACUUUUCCUGAAGUUGCAAUUUAUACUGUAUGGCUUCUUUUUCAUGUUUCAUCUAGGUUUUUAGAAGUGAAGUAUAGUAAAUUUGGUUCGUUAUAUUGUGAAGGCGCUGGAAUUACAUGAACAUACCACCUUAAUAAAGGCAAGUUCUGUAAGCUUACGUUGCUAUUUGUAAAGUUAUGCCUUCACAGCAUUUCAGAUGCUGUUGGACUUCAUGUCCCCAACCUAGCUUGGUGAGGGCUGUAACUGUUUCCAAGUACCUGUACAUUGGAAGUCUGAAAUGUGUAACAAUAUUUAAUGUAUUUAGAGUUCCUCAUGUUGCAGGGUUUAAGAAAUCUGACCCACCAAGGUCAUGUGACUUUUCUGUACUGUUAAACUUCAUUGUAAUAAAAUAAGAGAAAAAUUUAUGCCUUUUUAUUCAUAACCCAGCUGUGGACCACUGCCUGAAAGGUUUGUACAGAUGCAUGCCACAGUAGAUGUCCACAUAAUAAAAUUCAGAGUUACCAAUGCAGUUUUGAUAUAUCAUUGGAUUCUGUCCUUGAAUUGUAGGUUGUUCUUAGCUGCAUGUUUUAAACUGGACAGUAUAUAUAGAAUUGUAUGUUAGUGCUUCAGUUGACAGAAACAUUUAGAUACAUGAGUCAUUACAUAAUGGGUAUGAAAUCUUUAUAUUGUGUCACCUUGCCACCCCCUUGGUGUCAAUACAUGUUACAUGUCAUAGAUAUUUAAAAUGUAAAUCUUAAUAUUCCCUCCUUCCUGCUGAUGAUGUUUAGAGCCUAGUGCCAGACCCAUUCAUUCAUUUCCUUCUGAUUAUUUUUGAGACUACAGUACUGUGUGGACCACAGAAGCUUUUCAAGGUGCAAACUUCUAGAAGCUUAGGUGCAUGCAGUAAUAGCUUUUUGUGCUGUUAACGGGUUGGUAUAUGUUCUGUGUAAUGCCGAGGAUGUAAAUGCCUGUGUUAGGAUGGUUAACAGAUGGAUUCAAAAUUUUUAACUUUUAUGUUCUUGGAAGAUUACAUUAUUUCUUUGAUUAGAUGGCUAGCUUCUGUUAUUAUUAAGCCUAAAUGGCUUUGCUGUUAACAUUUUCAUCCUUGGAAAUUUAAGUGUUACUGUGUUCCUAUGGAGAACUUUUCUGUAGAGAUGACUGCUGUUAUUCAGUAUCUUGUAUUGGCAAGUCUCUUAUAAUAAUAGCUCUUGUUGAUCUCUUUCUGACGUCCAUUUGAUCUUUACUUUUGCCAGAGUAGUUUUAUGGUUAUUUAAGUAUCUAAUGACCUGUACAAAGUGUAAUUAUUAAUAUAAUGAACUCAAGUUGAGUUUUUCCUCAAUAUAAAGUUUAGACUUCUAAGAAAGUGGUAACAUUUCUUUAUAACCUUGAUGUGAAGGUGUAGAUAUAAGACAUGAAAUGCGAAGUUUUCUUUAAAAAAACAAGGUUUAACCUUGUAGGAAAAUAUUGAAAAAUGUUUUAACCAUCAUAAAAAAGUCUGUAUUUAAGUGGCAAGUAAAAGUCAUUCAUGUAAACAAAACAUUGCAAGUAUUAUAAAGCUGAGUGCUAUUUUAAAUCUGAUAUUUUGCUCCACUGGUUUUAUAACUCCUGUGUUGUGGUACCAUUGAGGAUCUAAAAAUUCUGUAGCUUGAAAAGGCAGCAUCCAUGUGUCACCAAGAAUGCAUUUCUUCCUUCUGCCAGCAGCCAAGCCCCAUUCCCCUUUCUCCACCAAAUGCCUGCCUACCUAAAUAGUUUUGGAAUUAACAUACUCUUCUUAGAUUUGGCAGCACAUUUAUCAUACUGCCAAGGAAAAACCUGUGUUGAAAAUAUUUAAGGUAAACAUGGCAUGAUUAAAUUUAGAAUGAUUAGAUAGGAAGUGUUCUCCCAAACCAGAUGUCUCAAGCAUUUCAUGUACAGGCUUAUCAGCAAACUACAAAUGGGUUAGUGAUGUUUUCAGAAGUUGUGCAAAGCUUCAUUUGCAUUUAAUGCAAAGAGAACUUAUUUUUAUAUCAAGGUUUGUUACUUUCCCAGAUCUGAAAAGAGAAGAUAUUAUUAGUAUUAAAUAAGUGAUAGAAUUCUUAUUAAAAGUUAAUUCAAAGUGUUAUGCAUGGCACUUAAAAAACAAGCACAUCUCUUGUGUUUUGUAGGUAUAUGGCUCAGGUGGUGCCCAUUUGGUAUAUUGAAAGUGUAAUUUGUGCAUGCAUCAGAGCAUAAUUAAGCUUCUAGAAAAUACCAUUUACCUAACUGCUUCUGGGGUCCAUAGUGUGGUUAAAUCGUGAGUGGAACAAAUUACAUUGAAAUAACUCUUACUUGUGCUUCCUUAAAUAAUAGAUGAAGUUGAGUCGAAGUAGACAUCAACUGCCCUCAGAGAAGACAACUUCUGAGAUUUGAUAUAUUCAGGCAGGCAUUGUGAUUGCCAUCAUUAAGGAAGUUGUAAGAUUAAUGGGGCUGCCGGCUUUGGCUCUACCUUAAAUCCACUACUAUAUCACCUUUUGUAAAGAAAACAAAAACGACUUAAACUUUUUGUCUGGCACUAGUUUCUAUUGUAUAGAUUUUACUACUGUAUGACAAUAACAAGACCAGCAGGUGAGGAUCAAGUUUUGAGUGGCUGCUGGAAUUAUCAUUUGAUUUGAAUACUUACCGUUUUAGUGAUCGCUCACACAUUUACCAUUAGGAAUGGGGAAAAUACUCUUAGUGUACUCCUGUUCCACUGAUCAAGUUACAUAUUGAGGUUAAACUCAGCUUAAACAUAGUUAUUUGGGGGGAGAUCCCCAACAACAUAAGUAUGGGCUCAGAAUGGAAUUAUAGUUAACAGUAGUUUUUUAGAAAAAAGAGCUGCUUUUUUUCUUUUGCUUGCUUGAUCAUUGGGAUUUUUUUUUUAAUGCAUGUCUUUUAAAUUAAUUGGGUAAUGUUUUUCUAAAAUUAAAAUUUUCUUCUUCCUAUAGCCCUGCCAUAGGACAGGCUGAGGCUGAGUCUCAGUGUUGCCCUGUUCAGUCUGAGGCAAGUGGGAUUUAUUUUAUUCCUUGUAGGGGCUUUCACAGCUUUAUGGCUGUUGGAUAUUUAUGUCCCCAAACUUGCAGCAAGUUUGGUGAAGGCCCCUAAAUUUAAUUAAACUUAGGAUUUUUAUACUCUUUUGGCAGAGAAGGCUCUAUAUUAAUAUUCACGUUUGACUGUGGUGUUAAUAAAUCAAAAAAGUAUUUUAUAUAUAAUUUUAUGUAAUUUACUUUGUGUUACAUAAUAUUGGACAGCCUCGGUAUUACUAUAUUGAACUUCAGUAAAUUGACAAAAUUUGACAUUCUUGAUUUGGAGGCAUGAAAUGUUUCAUUCAAAUUUUCCGCUUUCACUUUUAGGAAAAUCUUAUGUGUUAUUUUCUCCUCAAACUAUUAAAUUUAACUUCAAGGAUAAGUUUAAUCAUUAGAAAUGCCACUGGAUACUGGAAUCUGCUUUCUUAAUCCCAAAGUUAUGCAUUCACCAUUAAGGUUGAAAGGUCAUCUGGAAAUGCUUGUAAUUUUUGAUAUUUUCAAACCUCACCACAUUAGAGCAAAUGUUAAUGUAGAGCCCUGGGAAGAGUGGGGAGGUUGUGUGUGUGUGGUAUGUGUGUGUAUACACAACACAUUUGAGAUAAUAAAAGAAUUUGGGUAUUACACACCUGACAGUGGCUAGUGGCUAGAUUACUAAUUUUCAGGUAGCCAAACUGAAAUUGGAUCAUGUGGUAAAGUUAGUGUAUUAAACCUAUGAUUUUGAAAUGAUUUUGAGGUUCUUUUUCAGCCUUACUGAACAAUAUUUUAUUAUGCAGUAUGCACACAUGAGAAGUAGCCACGUUUGUUUCCAACUAAAAUUUGCUUUUAUCUGAUGAGAAAAGUGUGUAUGUUGUAGGGGGUAAAAAGGAAACCGAAGAGAGCCAAAACAAACCUGGAUUAUUUUUGUUUUUUCCUGUGUUUAAGCCACCGUUCUAUUCAGAUAGCAUUUUCCUCUGAACAACAGUGACAAUUAACAUACAGUACAACAUUUAGGAAACCUGAGAUUGUGUUUCUUUGUGGUUUUAAUUCUUGGAAACAUAAAAAAGAUGCACUAAGUAAAUUCUACAUUUUCACCUGUUUGAUUAGAACAUAUGCUUUUCUCUGUAACUGAAUCAUGGAAAAAAGAUUUUAAUGUUUGAACAAAGAAUUUUGUCACAACAAAAAUAUUCCAUUGGGAUAUUUUAUAACCUACUCAGUAAUUGCACCUUUUCUGUUGCAUCCACUGUCCCCUAAUAUACUGAAAUGUUUAAGAGUGAAGCUGCUUGACCUAAUUCUAAUAGUGAUAAUUGAAAUAAUUAUAACUGAAAUAGGUUCUUACAUUCUUGAGUACUGGAAGUGGGAGGGAGUUUUUAAGGGUGGCAUAAUUUGUUGAAGGUGAUAGAGAUACCUAAUUUAAGAUGUAGUUUCUUUGAUAUCUCUAGUUCUGUGACUCAAAUAUGAUUUUGACAAUUACAUAACUUUUGGGUAUCUGUUAUGUCCACUGGUAAAACUUGGUAAAUGAAAGGAAACGUUGAAGUCACUUCUUAACAGAGAUAAAAUUUUGUUGGAGUAAACUGACACUUGUAUUGGUUAGAGGAUUAAAGAUAAUAUUAAACAUGUAUCCUAAAAUUGUGUAUAAAUCAGGUAUGUCUUUUUAAAAAGGUGGUAUUUACCUACCUAAUAUUGAAUAAUCUUUGUAUGUUAUUCCAAAAUGAAACCAUUGUCUCUUACUGUAACUUUUAUGGAAAAGUCUUCUAAAAUGAGGGAUUCAGUUAUAAGACUAUUGAUUAUAGGGCAGAUUUUUGUAAGUAAGCAUUAUCCCAAUUAACACUUCUGCUAGCUAUCUCAUGACUUGAAUAUUAGUGAAGGUUACUCUUUUUUUUCCCUCUCUCAGUAUUUUAUUUUCUGUCAUCUGAAUGAUUUUAAUAAAUAAUCUUUUGUUUUUUAGCGUAGAAAUCA